AUGGAAGCUGAAGUUACCAAUGCCAGAAGAGGCGCCCUGGUUGUGGUGGAAGGCCUGGAUCGUGCUGGGAAAUCAACACAAUGCGCAACACUGUACCAGUUCCUUAUUAACCAAGGGCAUAAGGUAAAAUACAUUCGGUUCCCAGACAGAACUACGUCUAUAGGCCAGAUGAUAGACAAGUAUCUCCGUGGAGAGAUACAGCUAGACGACCACGCAGUUCAUCUCUUAUUCUCCGCUAACCGAUGGGAGGCCGCGGCACAGAUACGACAAGAUAUCGAAGGCGGGAUUACUGUUAUUGUCGACCGAUACUCGUACUCUGGCGCCGUCUACUCGGCUGCAAAAGAAAAUAAAGAGCUACAAUUGGAUUGGGCAUGGAGGCCAGAGAUAGGACUGCCUCGACCGGAUAUUUGGUUCUUUUUGAAUAUAUCGACUGAAUCUGCGGCAAAGAGAGGGGGGUAUGGAACGGAGAGGUACGAGACCGUUAAUUUGCAGAAGAAGGUGGGGAAGCUGUUCAUAUCCUUGUCUGGGCUGAAGGGCAAUGAAGAUAUGAGGGUAGUUGAUGCGGGGAGAGAAAUUGAGGAGAUAUCCCGCGAGCUUCAGAGUGAGGUUUUACAGACUAUUGCGAAUAUUGAUUCGAUGGGGCCUUUGAGGAAGCUUGGUCAACUAAAUUUUACGGAGAUGGAGACCGGAGACUCUUCGUAA